GACAACGAUGAAUAUCAAUAAUGCAGUCUACCAGCCAUUAAUUCGCAUCACAUUGUUAAGAUGUGUAGCUGCUUCUUACGUUUUUCUCAAACGGUGCGCCGUUACUAUCGCAUCUACCCUGGAAGGAAGCGUGUCCAGAUAGAGACCAAGAUAAAGAAUCCUAAUCGCUAUGACGAGUUACGUGGUGGUAACCCUGCCACAUUACUUCAAGGUAAUAUGUUUACCCCUGAAUCCGCUGCUCCUCGUGAGUUGUCGAUGCUUUGUUUUCGUAUUGUUGGCAUGGGAUAUGCUGAUUCCCAUGUAUUACUGCGCUAUGCGAAUUGCACGUUAAAUCUGCUGAAGCAAAUGCGCAUAAAGCACAUAGCUUUAGUAUUACAGGGCAUUUCUAAGUUUCUGGCUACCAAUUCAAGCGUUAUUGGGAAGUCUGAUGGGACUGAUAAUUCCUCUUUUGAGGAGGACAUUUCAAAUCGUGAGAAGUUGCUUUUGAAAGUGGGCGAGAUAAUGGAUGCGCUGGAACCUCGUAUGUACAAUCUCUUCGUUCGCGCUAUGCCCAAGGACUUGGGGAUGAUUGCACUUUCCAUGGUGACUGUUUGUGAGUGCGCAUAUCGUGAGUUGGAUGCAACUCAGCAUUCCUAUCUUGUGUCAAUUACUGAGCGCACUUUGAAACUAGUAGCGGAGGCUUUAGGUUCUAGGUUGUGUUUCUGUGAGAUACAGGAAUACGCCUGCCUCGCGAAGGCAUAUGCUAAAUUGCCUCCACAUCAUGAGUUUGUGGAGCUCUUUUUACGUGAUCUUGCUGAAGAAAUUUCGUGCUUAUUUUCUGAAAAGCAGGAUUAUUUGGAGGAGCUUAUUAAGGGCAAUUACUUUGAUGAUGACGCAUUGGACUCGAUCCUUUCAUUACCUAAGGAUAUGACAACUAUCGCAUGUUCACUUUCUCGCAGGGUGACCCACUCCCGUAUGUGGGAGCGCAUUGGUAAAUGCGUUAAAUUGAUGUUGGAAAUGGACGGUAAUAACGACGGUUCAUUUGGUGGCCUGGAUGGUCAGACUCUUAUGCUGCUUGCUACUUCGUUGAGUAGGCACAUCGAUGUUAGUUUCCUUCUUGAGGCUAUGAUGUUACGACCUGAUGAUAACAAAAAGCCACUGUGGAUAGUUACUGGUAUAUCUAUUGCCAUUUUAUCACUUCAUAAUGUAGAAUUGGCGCAGCGAUUGUGGAAUGCGCUUGACUUUGAUAAGUUGAGUUCCCUUGAUGACGAUGUUAAAGUCCAUUUGGUUCAUCUUUCAAAUCGUAUUCCCAAAGUCACUGACACACAAAUCGAGGUCAUACAUUCGUUUGCUGACACUGCUUCAUCGCCUGACCUACUUGUUGCUCUAUAUGCAUCUCGUCAUCGUUGUGGUUUGACAAGUCCGCAAGUUUACUUAGAUUCGGUGAUCUCUGAUAUAGAUAGUCUAAGCGUCAAGAGUCUAUUGUGCCUUUUACGUACUUUGGGUCAUGGAGCUACACCAAAUUUACCGGAUCGCCAUAGAUCAGAUGCGUGCUUGGAUACAACUGUGCGCGAUCGUGUGCUUGACAGCCUGAGUACCAGGGUUGACGAGAUUCGUUUAGAUAGGGUGAUACCUUUACUUGUAUAUAUUGUUGAUCAUCAUGGCGGGCGCACCCAGCUGAUUGAAAAGUUAGCAUAUCGCAUAUCCAACAAUGUGGCAUCUUUACCAGAGCACCAAGUAGCUUUAGUUAUUGAGAAACUAGGUCAGAUUGGCAUUCGUGCGGAGCAGAUAUUUGAUGUAACAUAUGUGAGGCGCUUAAAGGAGAAGCACCGCUCUGCGUAUUUGGACGACGACUCAGAAUUUGAAGUGGGCGCAUCUGAGAACACUCCAGAGGACGUCCAUUUCUGCGACGUGGAUGAUGCCGAGGUAGACAAGCUGUCACAGGCUUACAAAACCCAACCAUUACAUGGUAAUGCAUUUUUAUAAUGACGUUGGUACUAUUCAUUAACUAUUAUAUUAGUAUAUGGUAUCC